UUAGCGCUUUAAAUUAUUUCAUAAGAUUCAUUUAUUAUUCUUGGGAUUAGUUGUUCAGUUCGUAGAAAGUUUUAUAUAAUAGCCUGGUAGUCAUGACGUAUUAUUUCUCUUUGCUACCUCUUUAUCACGUUUUAGGUGCUAAAUUGUGCCGCAGAACUGCUAUCCUAUAUGCCCUCAUUCAAUUAUCUGUCUAGUUUGGCAUUUGACAGGGGACCCGUAAAUCUUGAUUGUAAAGUACUACUGGAGAUACUUCAAAAAUCUCCAUGUCUUGAAGCUCUUGAAUUUUCUGAGGGCAUUGUACGCGAUCAUAAUUGUGAUUGGAAACGGCUGUUGGAUCCAUUGCCUUCAUGUUUCUCGUCACAUCUGAAACAAAUUGAAAUCUGCAACUAUUUUGGGAACGAAGGACUCUACGUAGAUAUGGUAGAAAUAUUGCUCAAGAGAGCAGCUGUUCUCAACAAGUUAGUUCUAGCUUGUCCAGAGUCGAGAAGAACCGAAGAGGAGAAGGUGGAGAUUCAUAACCAGCUAAUUGUACUCCCUAGAGCUUCAGCAGCUUGUGAGAUGAUCUUCUACUAAGUCUCCUCCAGAAAAGUAUUCUGAAAACUUCUGUUCCUGUUUUUUGAGGUUGUGAAGGUUUGUCACAUGAAUUUGUAUCUUAGUUAAGAAUGUUUUUAAUGUUCAUCCUCCAAAUGCCUGGUUGUUGAUUUAGAAAUGUUUGUUUAUAGUAUCUUUAUUUUCAUCCUUGGUGUCUUGAAAAACAUACUUUUAUCUAAUUUACAUUUAACUAUUUGGGUGAGUGCCUAGUUGGUGAA